CGCGUAUCUGGUUUACCCGUAAUUUUCCCCAAAUGUAAGACCCAAUGUCUAAUCAUCUCACAACUAUCCGUUAUAAAUACCUUCAUCUACCUCUCCACGCUCUCCCAUACAAGAUUGCCCCAUUUUUCGAAACCCCCGACUGACGGUUACAAAUGAAACGCCAUUGCCUCCUUUUCGCCCUUCUCCUCUUUGCUGCCAUCGCUUCCGCCGCUGUGCUCGGCGGAUGGCAGCCUAUAAAGAAUUUGAAAGACCCGCACGUUGUAGAGAUCGGGCAGUUUGCGGUGGAGGAGUAUAAUAAGAGAUCGAACGCCCAUCUGACGCUGGUAAAGCUGGUGAAGGGCGAACAGCAGGUGGUUUCAGGGAUGAAUUACCGGCUGAUAUUGGCGGUAAAAGAGGGAAAAGCCAGCAAGAAGUAUGAGGCGGUGGUUUGGGAGAAGACGUGGGAGAAUUUCAGGAAUCUAACGUCGUUUGAGCCUGUAGAAGGGUAAUUCUGUGAUUUCAUGUGUAAAAGAUAUGUUUCUUUUUCCGGUCUUUCUGUCUAAUGUUUGACAAUAAGAAAAAGAAAAAAAAUAUAUAUUAUUACUCAAA